AUGGGGAAUAUCAAGCCGAAGUUUAAUAUCACCCCCGUCUUAUGGAGUAAGCCUAAUUACAGAGAAUACAAGCUUAAUGUUGACGGUUGCUUUAAGGGCAAUCCCGGAAGUGCCGGUGGUGGAGUAUAUUUUGGUCACUCUUCUAACAACUUGUCCAAGGCACGGGUUAUCAAGAUUGGAUUGAAAUGGUGUAUUGAUCACGGUUUCAAUGUUCUUACUAUAGAAUCUGAUUUCUUGACUGUGAUUAACAUGAUCAACAAAGCUGCAACUACAACAUGGAGCAUUAAGGAGGAAACUAAUGCCAUCCAUAAUAUGAUUUCAAACGGAAAUUUUCAGUUCAUUCAUAUAUUAAGGGAAGGAAACAACACUACUGAUCUCUUGGCCAACUUUGUGGAGCUUGAUAGGAAAAAUGACUUCUUCACUGAAAUUAUACACUUACCAAGGAAGAUUUUAGUCACUGUGAAGAAUGAUGAAGAAGCUCGUCCAAACUUUAAAAUCUAA